ACUACACACACGGCAACAGCAUCGAACGAAGCACUCACUCGAGCACCUCGAUAUCUGCAAUCCUACGGUUGGUCAGAUGGCCUCGUCCUGGGCGGCGGCGAUGAGCGUGGGCGCGGGCACGGUGGAGGCGCUCAAGGAGCGGCACGCCGGGCUGUGCCGCUGGAACUACCGCGCCCUCCCGUGCGUCCAGCAGCGCGCUGGUACCGCGGCCGCCGGGAACGGCAAGACCAUGGCGGCGGCCUCUACCGGCGGGGCGGCGGCCUCUGCCGGCGGGGCGGCGGCGAGGAGGAGGAAGGCGAGGCAGGAGCAGGAGGAGGAGCUCCGGACAGUCAUGUACCUCAGCAACUGGGGACCAAACAACUAACUAGCCGGUUGCUCAUCAGUCCCCUGUUCUUCCUAGUGGCCAGAAUGGUGCACCGUGCACAAGCUGCACCAGGUCGUCCGGCUGGAUCUGCAUGUGAACUGUGAACACAGCAUGCUCCUUCUCGAGCUUGUGUAAAAAGUACUCCCUAAAAGAUCUUUUACAGAGGGAGUACUGGUUAAACUGAAGAGAAGACGAAAUGUCCACAUCUAUGCCGCACACUAGAUUCCCA